AUGAACCAAUCGGCCGUCGAUGCCGCGAUUGUCCCCUCCCUCCCAGAGCCGUUGACCUUAGACAAGCAGGGCGAGCUGAUAGAUCGCAUCGAGUACCAUGUCACGCAAGCCACCGACUACGUGGACUACGGCCGCAGCGAAAUAGGCAAGGCCAAGGAAUACAUGAUAAAAGCUCGGAAGAAAAAAAUAUUCAUCAUAAUAUGCCUGGCUGUUACGCUGACUGACUCGAGUGUUGCACUCGGGACAAGUCUAAAGCGUACUGUUGCAUGCUCACACCGUCACUCGACAUUCGCCGCUACAGAAGAAGAUCAUGAUCCUUGUCUGCCUGCUCAUACUGGGCAUCGUCAUCGUGGGCUACGUGUCCAGCUAUUUCGUUUGAGCGACCCACAUUCAUACACCGAUCAUCAUAUGCUCAAAGGACCGUCAUGCAAAGAACAAUCAUCCCGCAAAUCUCGGUGCCUGCGUCCUACAUGGCAGCAAUCAACAUUCACCAACAGUGCUAGUCAUCAUUGA